AUCAUAUUCUGAUAUAAUGAAUUAACUAUAAUGAGAAAUUACUUAUGUCAUUGUUUGAGAGUUGAUUUGAAAUGGGUUUAGGUACGAGUUAUCUUCAUGUAGAAGAGGAAGCCAAGAAAUCAAAACAAAGAUGGCAGGUGCUUACGAGAAAGCCCCAGGAGAUCACAGACGCAAAUGGGACCGAGACGAAUAUGAACGUUUGGCACAGGAAAGACUGGAGGAGGAACAGCUAAAGCUGCUUGAAAAAGAGCUCAGGGAACCACACCAGAAAAGAGAACUUUUGAAACCAAGAGAGUACAAGGUUGAUUUGGAUUCCAAACUAGGAAAGUCACAAGUCAUAACAAAAACAACUCCUGCCUCUCAACAAGGGGGGUAUUACUGCAAUGUCUGUGAUUGUGUUGUCAAAGAUUCUAUCAAUUUUCUCAUCUGUAGGUAUUACUGCAAUGUCUGUGAUUGUGUUGUCAAAGAUUCUAUCAAUUUUCUGGAUCACAUUAAUGGUAAAAAACAUCAAAGAAAUUUGGGGAUGUCCAUGAAAAUUGAGAGAUCAUCAUUAGAUCAAGUAAAGAAGAGGUUUGAAAUAAACAAAAAGAAAAUGGAAGAGAAAAAGAAAGAGUACGACUUUGAGGAAAGAUUAAAGGAGUUAAAAGAAGAGGAGGAAAAACAGAAAGCAUACAAAAAAGAGAAAAGGAAAGAGCGAAAACGUAAAGCUGACCCGGACUCUUCUGAUGGUCCAUCAGAUAUGGCAGCAGUCAUGGGGUUUUCAGGAUUUGGGACUUCCAAAAAGUGACACAGAAUUAAAUGUUUACACUGUUCAAUAGACUCUUGUCACCACAAUAGAGAUGGAUUUACAACUUUAUAACAGACAUUCACACACGGAUGUUAAUUAAAAACUUUUCAUUUUGUUAAAUUAUACAUUUAAAAAAACUAUCUUAAGGAGGUACUCUACAUUGUCAUAAUGGCUGACUUCCUUCUAAAACAUGGUGGAAAAUAUGAAUAUCAGCAAUAUUUGUCAAUUCAUUUUAAAAAUUCAUACCUAGCUGAAUAGCUCAGUAGGUUAGCAUGUCAUCUGCUGAACUGUAGAUCGCGUGUUCAAGUCCAGCAGGGUUUUUUUUUUAUUUUUCUCAGAUUGCUUUCAACUAAAACUGUAUUUUUUGACUAAAUAAAGUAAAUUUGAAAAUUUUCAAUUUCAAAAUAUUGUACAUAUUUUCCACUUUUCAUCCAUAUGAAAUUUCCCUGGUGUAGCAUAGCUCCUUAAGUAUAGUUCAUAUUCAAAUCAUCAUUUAAGUGUUUUACAUUUGAUCCAUUAAUUUAGCAAGGAUUUGUGCAUUUUUAAUCCCCUCUCCCUUCAAAUCUGUUAAUAUUGCAUUGGUUUUUUUUUUAUUUUCAAUUUGUUUGUAAAUACUGUGAAAGUAAAGUUUUUGUAAGAUAAUAAACAAUUCAAGGUUUUAAAA